AUGAUAGUUGAUCCCAUCGUCUGGUCAUACGAUCGUCUUGACACAGAAUACGACUUCGAACUCAACAAGGUAACUAUGCGGUUGUUAACAGCUAUUCCCUAUCGUCUUGUCAGUGCUGUCCAAUGCGGUGCAGCUCAGCGGACUGGGCUUCGAAUGCUGGCUACGGCAACUCAGGCAAAAUCCAGCGGGCCGGUGGAUGAACGCGAGAGUAAAGAAAUCUACACUACCAUAGGAAUCGACCCCAACGAGCCAAAAUUCGACAAAAUUCUCAUAGCCAACCGAGGAGAGAUCGCAUGCCGUGUCAUCAAGACAGCCAAAGCUAUGGGCAUCAAGACCGUAGCUGUUCACUCCGAUGUCGAUUCUGGUUCCCUCCACGUCAAGAUGGCUGAUGAAGCAGUAUGCAUUGGUCCUGCACCUACCAGUGAAUCAUACUUGAGAGCUGACAGAAUUUUGCAAGCUGUCAAGGACACUGGUGCCCAAGCUGUCCACCCUGGUUACGGUUUCCUGUCCGAAAAUACGAAAUUCGCUGCCGAAUUGGAGAAAGCUGGUGCUGUAUUCAUUGGACCGAACUCGAAAGCUGUCCUGAGCAUGGGUGACAAGAUCCACUCGAAACAGAUUGCCACUGCAGCAAAGGUGAACAUGAUUCCCGGAUUCGAUGGUGAGAUUGAAGAUGAGGAUAUGUGUGUAAAGGUAGCUAACGAUAUCGGAUACCCAGUCAUGAUCAAGGCCUCUGCUGGUGGUGGUGGAAAAGGUCUACGUAUCGCGUGGAACGACAAGCAAGCUCGUGAUGGUUACAGGCUCUCCAAGCAAGAGGCCAAGUCCUCAUUCGGUGACGACCGAAUGCUUGUUGAGAAAUUCAUCGAUAACCCAAGACAUAUUGAGAUGCAGGUCCUUUGCGAUAAGCAUGGUCAUGCUAUCUGGUUGAACGAGCGUGAGUGCUCUAUUCAACGACGUAACCAGAAAGUGAUUGAAGAGGCUCCAAGCAGCUUUGUACCGCCAGACAUGCGAAAACGUAUGGGAGAACAAGCCACAUCGCUUGCCCUCGCUGUUGGUUAUGAUUCUGCAGGAACCGUGGAGUUCUUAGUUGAUUCGAAACGAAACUUCUACUUCUUGGAAAUGAACACUCGACUUCAGGUAGAGCACCCGAUCACCGAGUGCAUCACAGGAAUUGACAUUGUACAACAAAUGUUACGAGUAGCCUACGGACACCCCCUGCCACUUACUCAGGACCAAGUCCCUCUGAAUGGCUGGGCUUUCGAGAGCAGAGUGUACGCUGAGGAUCCUUACAAAGGUUUUGGUCUGCCAUCUAUUGGACGAUUGCACAAAUAUGUUGAGCCACGCCACGUCCCUGGAGUACGAUGCGACUCGGGUAUUCGUGAGGGCUCUGAGAUCUCUAUCUACUACGAUCCUCUGAUUUGCAAACUUGUUACCCAUGGUAAGGACCGUAACCAAGCCUUGGAUAGGAUGAUUGAGGCUCUGGAUAACUACGUCAUCCGAGGAGUCACCAACAACAUUCCUCUGCUUCGCGAUAUCUGUCAGGAAAAACGCUUCCGUGAAGGAAACAUCACCACCAAGUACCUUCCCGAGACAUACCCAGAAGGCUUCCAAGGUGCUUCCCUGAACGAGAAAGAAGAAGAUACCCUUAUGGCUGUGGCAUGCGCUCUGAACGCCCGAAAGCUUGCUCGUGCCAGUGACUGGAAGAACCACACCAAGAACCAGAUUCUCAAGACACCACCAUACGAGCGAACACACACGUUCACUGUGCAAUUACCCGGACCCGAGGGAAAAGUGAAGAGAAGCCACAAAGUCAGUGUCUACUUCGAAGAUGGAGAUGAGGAGAAGGCUAGGGUGCUUGUCGAUGGACACAAAUUCGAAGUCAACGGCAACUUGCAAUUGGCCCAACCUGUUCUCCAACUCAACACCGGAGAUAAGAUUGCGACCCAAAUUGUCUCAAAACGUGCUGGAGAAAUCACCAUCCUUUACAAGGGAUCACCUUUCAAGGUAAAGGUGAUGCCCGAGCAAGCCGUUGAGUAUCUCAAAUACAUGAAGGAGAAGCCAAAGCUUGAUCUGUCAUCCGUCAUCCUUGCACCUAUGCCUGGCGCAAUCAAGAAUGUGACAUGCAAAGUUGGUGAUAUGGUUAGCGAAGGACAGGAACUGGUCGUCAUAGAAGCUAUGAAGAUGCAGAACAGUCUGAAUGCUGGAAAAACUGGAAAGGUAAAGACUGUCAAUGUAAAAGUUGGCGACACUGUUGAUGAAGCACAAGUAUUGGUGGAACUCGAGUAGAGAAAUUGUUCGUAGAUGUUAGCAGAUUAUAUGCAUUUCGUGCCUUGUGGGAUCUAUGGUUCCCCGACUUAUUGGUGGUCAUAAAGUAUUGCUCGUUCAAAUUUACUGGUAGUGAUGCCUCGGUUUGUUAUCCUUUUAUCUAAGUCUAGAGUAUCUUUGAUUAAAUGUAUAGAUUAGGAUUGAGCUCCAUGUAUUCUGCUGCUGCCAUACAGUUGCAUCUUAAAACUGAGAUGAAUUGUUGUUGGGGAAUAAAACAUUUUCUU